GUUUUUUCUAGCUGUUUUGCUGCCUCAUUCUUUUGAUAUAUCUUUUUUUUUCUCACUCACAUACACACGCUCACUCCAUUUAACUUUUCUUUCUUCUUCUAAAUCUCUUUUCCCCAUGUUUACACUUGUCCUAUAGGCCGCCGCCUCCUUUCCUUUUAUCUUCUCUUCUUUUCUUUUCUCAUCUUGAUUCUCAACUUCAUUCGCUCGCGCGUAUGACCUAAUCGAACUAGGGUUUCCAUUAUCUCAUUGUAAUAUUAUACUGCCAUGAGCCACAUGCUCCGCCUACCGGCAUCAUGAUCCUCGGUCCUGUAUCUCUCAUCGACUGCUUAGUCUUUUGCUUUUACCUCGCACCGCAGCUGCUUCAUCAAGCUGGCUUCUUCCCUACCGCACUUGUCGUUCUUAAAGCUAUACCAUUUCUGUUAUUUACACUUCCACUUCAAUUCGUGUGGAACCGUUACUUCAGGAGCUACUCUUCUCACAAGUCUUCUCACCUCAAAGGCUCUACCAUAUUCGAAGAUAUCGUCAUCCGCUGCGUGCGAUAUGCAUUUGCCACUAUACCAGCCAACGUCGGGAGAGUCUUCUUCUCCCGGGACGUGGCACUCCCGUUUCUCAAGUGGCGCAUGAAGAGACAUGGAUUCAAGGAUUUUCCCGUGUAUUGGAAAGAAGAAACCAUGGGAGAGGGAGACGCCAAAGUUAAAGGGAUCUGGAUCAAGCAGAAUUGCGAGGUUGAGCCGGAUAUUGUCAUCUACUACGCGCAUGGCGGCGGGUUCGCCAUGGGCACCAGCUACUUCUACUUUGAGUUUCUUCUCGCAUGGCACAGCCUACUGGUUGAUGCUGGGUAUGAAAACCCAGCCAUCUUCGCUUUGGACUACAGCUUAGUUCCAGAUGAGGUGUAUCCCACCCAGAUUCUCCAAACGCUACAGGGCUAUAAGCAUGUGUUGGAAGAGGUAGAGGACGCUUCCAAAGUGUGCGUUGCCGGCGAUUCUGCCGGCGCUACGCUAAUCCUGAGCAUGUUGCUCGAGGUUGGGAUUCAGGUUCAGAAUCAACAGGCGAUGGGGGCUAAACUGGGGAUGAGCAAACACGAUCUGGAAGACAUUCGACCAAAAUUUGCUAUACCGCAGAUGGCCAUGUUAAUUUCUCCGUGGAUCACUCUGGCCUCAAGUCUCCACUUUCCGUCUCGCGUUGACUACUUGAAUAGGGGCACUCUCUGGAAGUACGCGAACCAGUAUGCGGGAGACGCAAUGAUUCACGGCGGGGUGGCAUCGCCUGGGAGGUGCGACGACGUCAAGUUGUGGAAAGCAGCCAGCCCCGAGCGCGGCUACUUUAUCACAUACGGCAGCGAUGAGGUCCUAGCGCCAGACAUCGAGAGCUUUGUGGAGCGUCUAGGCGCCGGCAAGGUCGAAAUCGAAGCUCGAAGAUUCGACGGUGGUAUUCACGCAUGGCCUGUAGCGUCGCUCUUCUUAUCCAGCACAAGGAGGAAGCGACUCUAUGGGCUGCAGACUAUAGUAGGAGAAAUUAGAAAGAGAUUCGACAAGGCUCCAGCAGGGAAGGUGAGGCAGAGGAAGAGGCUUUCAGAUUAGAUCAAGUUCUACAAUGUAAUCAUAGAGAGAUCAACAAUAUGGAAAGUCAGGAACCAGAGCGUCAAGGCUCGGCUUCGUCAUUUUCCUGAUCGGGCUCAGAUUUAAAGCUCACUAUUGUUUAUCAUCGCACAGCCAAAGACGAGGGGAGGGGUGAAAGAGAAGUAAUCGAC